AUGGUUGUAUCAUGUUCAGGGUAUGGGUGCACAAAUAGGCGACAGAAAGAAAACGGGAUACAUUUCCAUCGAUUUCCUCUAAAAAGACCAGACGUUUUAAAAAAAUGGUUACAUGAAAUGCGACGAAAAAAUUUUACACCCAACCAGUACAGCUAUUUAUGCAGUGAACAUUUCACACCUAGUGAUUAUUUAAAUGAAUCUCGUCCAGAGUUAGAUAAGAAGUUGCUAAAAGAUGAAGCAGUUCCAUCAGUCUUUAAAUUUCCUCAGCAUUUACAAAAAAAACAAAAAGCUAGUCGUCCACUACUUCAAAAUCGUCAAAAGGCCAAUGAUCAAAAUAAUAUGAUUCAUGCAGAAAUAGUUAAUGAAGCUGGCGAAGAUUCAUCCACCAAUACCAUGGUAUUAUCAAAUUGUUUAAUUUAUAAUUUAUUUUGA